CUAAUUUCCUAUUCCUCAUAUCAUGGCAUCCUUAUAAUGAAAACCUUUGUUAUUUCAAACUUUGACAAUUUAAUCUAUUAGAAUUUAUAGUAUAAAACAUCAAAGGUCUACGACAGUAGGUUGAAAAAGUAUAGGAAUUAGAAAAUUAGAGUUUGUGGCACAUGUUGAGUUUUUUUUGUUUAUCAACCAAAGUACAAAUUAUUCUAUCACACUAAAUACCCGAGACAGUCUCUUAUAUUUAUUAUUUAGAUAUUUCGUAAAUAAUAUUUGAACACCUGACCACACAGUCCAGUUAAUAUAGAUAAGAGAAUAAUUCAGUUCUCCCGUUCUACUCAACAUCCUACACCAUGAUAUAUAUUCUUAUCCUUCUCCCAACCCUCUACUUUCUCUGGCCAAAGAGACUAACUCGGAUAUUCUCCGUCCUGUACGCAGGGCUGUAUCCUGGAGAGCACCUGGAGAAGUUUGACGGAGUAAAGUUGGGAUUCGUUCCGUCUUCGGAGGAUGAAAAGCGGGAUUGUUUUAAGGAGAAGAGAAUUUUCUAUAUCUUAGCACAAGAUGAGACUGGAAAAGAUUGCAUUGAUCUCCAAAUAUUCCCAGAGAAGAAUCGAUCUGUUUUUAAACUUCUCCUUCGUCAGGACGGAGAAGAGUACAGUUGCUCCGGAACCUGUCAGAGUACGGAGGAAAUCAUUUCAUGUGGUAAACUACAGGUGGAGAUUUUAGAACCAUGUCGGAGAACCAGGGUUUCCUUCUCAGGAUUGAUGAACCAGGAGACAGAGUUUGUCAAGUUCAAUUUUUUCUUCCAAGUUCUAAACUGUCCAAUAAACCUAGACCUGGGUUGGGUGCAGUUUGGUUCAGCCGUAGGAACAAUUCUCAAGGGUUCGGAGGAAAAGGAAUUUCAUUUCAGAGGUGCACGAGGAUGGAGUGCGAGGAAUCAGGACGAGGUUGAGAUAAUCUCAACUCUGGGAGGGCGGAUAGUACUGCUCUCCCAGGACGGAUCUGCUCUAUUCUAUCCCGGGAAGUAUGGAACAAAACUGAGAAGGCUCCAAGAUGAUCAGUAUCAAGAUGAGGAGAGCAGGAUAGUCUCUAUCUCCAGGUCUCUGGGGAAGGUUCAUCUUGACUCCGAGGACACUGUUAAGUACAGUUCUAAUCUCUCACCUCCCCUCCUUCAAGAACAAGUUGUAAAACAGGAAGACGAGUUUGAUGUGAAGGCUGAAAUUGUAACUUUUCAAGAUGCUGAGUGUUUACAGAAACAUCUAGUUGGAGGUAAAGGAUGUUCUCUGGGAACCCUGUCCCAAUCCGGGUUUUCUGUACCCCCUGGCCUAGUUCUAACUACCACCCUAAGCAGUAAACUCUGCAGAGAAAACCACGUUGAAAUCUCCUCAGCUCUAGAUAAUCUGGAAAGAUCUGGAGAGCAGGAUUCGAAUAUUCUAGAAGAAAUCUGUAACAAGGUUGUAAACCAGAUAACAGGUUCUGGAGUUACGGAGAGUAUCCUGGAGAACCUGGAGAUGGUUGGAAACUCAGUUUUUGGAGAUAUUUGGUCGGAGAAACUAGCUGUCAGAUCUAGUGGAGUGGAUGAGGAUGGAUUGGAUACUAGUUGUGCAGGACAGAAUGAAACUAUACUUGGAGUUCACGGAAAAAAUCCUCUGCUAAGGAGUAUUGAAAAGUGUUUAGCAUCACAAUAUGCGUACAGAUCUGUUCUCUACAGAAGACAAAAUGGUCAGCCUCUGGUCUCAAAUAUGGCAGUAGUAAUACAAAGAAUGGUUCCUGCAGAUUCUGCUGGGGUUCUCUUCACAGCCAACCCUGUCACAGGAAACCCUCUAGAGUAUACAGUUCAUUUAAUAUCUCUUAUCCAGGAAACCCUCUAGAGUAUACUGUUCCUUUAAUAUCUCUUAUCCAGGAAACCCUCUAGAGUAUACAGUUCCUUUAAUAUCUCUUAUCCAGGAAACCCUCUAGAGUAUACAGUUCCUUUAAUAUCUCUUAU